AUGUCCUCGCAGCCACCUACCUCUCCGGUCUCAAGCCUCCCGGAGGGAACUGCACCUGUUUUUACGGAACUUCAAGCACGAGGCUAUCACGAUUUCGUACCAUGUGCGGCCACAGCAUCGAUGCUGCUAUACGCUCAUGGGAAUUCGGUAAUAUGUGCACCUUACGAUACGCUCAUAAUCGAAAGGCGCUUUUCACGACAUACAGAAAAUGUCACCCUCUUAGCUGCACACACCGCGAGUGAGGAAGGAGGUCGUUUAGUAGUCAGCUGUAGUGAGGAACAGGUAGCAAUUGCGUGGGAUUGUCUUACUGGGGAUGAGAUUGGAAGACUUGAAUCGUAUGAAGCCUUAACUGCAGUAGCAUGGAUGCGCAACGGAGUUAUUGCUCUUGGAAGUGAUCAAGGCACUAUAACCCUCUUUGAACUUUCGGAAUCGCUCAGCAUUUCAACAAAGACCAUAGAUGAGGUACCAAUCACGGCAAUAGCACCUGCUCAAAAUUGUACCACAUACGCGAUUGGUUACUCGAAUGGUUCGCUUCUUAUUGCUACUUUGCAGCCAAGAUUCACGAUUCUUCACAAUCUAACAACUUCAAUAUAUCCAUCACCUGUUGUUACACUAGCCUGGCAUGCAUCCUCAAUACACCAAAAUUCAGAAAUGUUGGCCACCCAGCUAGAUGAUGGAGAUCUCAGACUUUGGUCUAUUGAGAAACAUCCUGGCAUGAACCAAAAGGGUGCAAGAGUUAUUAGGAUUCUAGACAGGUUAGAAAAACGUCUGUCAGGUCGGAAGUGGAUGGGAUGGUCCAAAAAUGGGCGUAUUAUUGAGUAUUCGGAGGGCAAGAUUAUUUCAUGGGAUAUAAGAACGAAAAAAGUGAUCAGGGAAGAUAUUCAAACCUCGAGUGGAGUUGAGGGCCUGACAGUAUAUGGGCCCCUUGCAACUCUCUUUACUCUUGGUCCGAACAAUAUGGUACAGCAAUUCGACCUCAAUCAGCCUGCUCGAUUAGUGGCCAAUGUGCAGCAUAGCUUCCAUGUGCCAAUUGACGAACCUCCGGAUAGUACUGCGCCCCCAACGGACUCUGGAUAUGCCUCAACUGUCAAUGUUCAAAAUAAAAAUGAGCACACUAAUGAGGAUGAUGGGAGAACAGUUAUAACAGAUGGCGAGCAACUUUAUCUGCCCUAUGACGAAAAGGAGGCCGUGAUUUCUAAUUUCACUAGCGGGUUGUAUCGUGAUGUUGGUCCUUUGAUGCAAUACCCCGAUGCUGUGUCUAUUAUUUCCAAGGCCCUUCCUGCCCUAUUAAGAGAUUUUGCAGCCAGGGUCACCCACACUGCGGUUGAAAAGGAGCACGCCCAAGCAGUCUCGUUCGUCCGCCAAAAUCGAAAGUAG